CAGCCCGAUUACUUCUGUAACGUUGCUGCUCAACAAAAGAGAACAGAAUACCACUCCGCCGGCUAGACACAACGAAAACGAGAUGACGUCUACGACUAGCACAAACAUUCAGUUUUAAUUACCCGAAACUCCCAGUCGUUCUCGUCAAUAAUGGCAAAGUCAUAAGAAGCCUCCUCGUCCUUCGUGUGACGACUGAGAAUUUUCGUCCUUUCUGUUUCGUGCUAAAGAAGCCGAUACAGCCCGUCGAAUCUUCACUAGUGCCAGUACCCCCGGAAAGCAAGCGAACGAUCUAUUUCCGCUCCGCAGGAUAAAGCAGAGUCGCUUGUUCUCUGAGAACAAGCGAGGGCUGUGCUCCCAACCGCACUACGAGCGACCAUGGGCGCCAACAUCUCCCGCCCCUCGGCGGAUUUCAUCGGCCAGCUGAAGUACCGGGACCAACCGCAGCUGGCUAUCCAAGGAAAAAAGUGUUACAGUUAUACAUUGCGUUGCAGGACCGGCAAGACAGACAGCCUUUGUCAUGCAGGAAAUGCUUUCAAGCCUCGUUUCCUAUGUAUUUUCCCCUAUCAUCUUUGCAUUGCAGCAAGUUUUCUCUGUCAUGCAGAGAAAAUUUGUGAUGCUGACACUACAGCAAGUGUGUAACUGUAACACUUUUUUCGUGGGAUACUGGACAAACCGCUCACACUGAAGGAGAAUGAGUCCACGGGGAUGAUCCAGCUGUCCAAGCAGUUUUACAGUCGAAUCUGGGAAAUCAAGGGGAUUUGCUGGGACAGAGGAGGGCCGUUUUGUAUCAAGUGAAGCUGCUUUUUGUGCGGAGUCAGAAAAUUUGUCAUGCGAAGAAACAAGGCACUACCUUACUGUAACAAACUAACUCCUGGUGUAGGUCCUUUACGAACGCUUGCGCGUAUAGCAUGACAAAUUUGGUUUCGACGCAAAGAAGGUGUUUCCUCUUGAUACGACUUCACGAGCUGUUUGACUACUACAAAAGAUACCCGAAGCUGCAGGUAAGUUGUGAGAGGAAGUUUUUCUAUAGUAACUUGUCAUGCAUCAAACCUACAUAUUGAUGGUGAUGCCAUCCGAUUCCCUCUUGUCCCAUGGUCAACAUGGGGAAUGGAAAUAAUGCAACAUGCCAAAAUAUAUAAAAAGAACCAACCUCAAUGCCCACACGCAGGUCGAGUUCCUGACCCAGAUGCUGAUGCAGAUCCAGCACAACCCGGACCCCUCCUACGAAUUCAAGCUGCACUGGGUCCUGAUGGAGUUUCUUUUCCACGGGAGAAAUCACGUUUUGGUGAACGAAAUCCUUUGCAGUUUCUACGAACAGGUCAUCGAAAAGAUGAACGCGAAGAUAAAACAGCUCGAACUAGACGAGAAAAAACGCGCCGAGGAGAAGGAACGGCAGGAAAAGGAAUUACAAGCAUAUAACCUGCUCAGGUGUUACAAUCUCAAACGUUACAACAGAAUCUGGAAUUUGUGUUGCAAGAAGUGCAUUAUCUAGCCAACUCUCAUAGGAUUGCGCAUGACAGGUUCUGGAGUCCCAAACCGCACUGGAAUCUGGCGAAAUUUGUAUUGCAGAAAGUGGAAUGGUCUGCGAGUCUGUCAUGCUCAUUAUGCAAGACAAAUUCCAGACUCUAUUGCAACGGUUGAGAUUGUAACGUUUGAGCAGGUCAUAAAGCACGCUGUGAGGAGAUGAUCGAUAAAGAGGACGAAAACGAGGAUGGUACAACAGCAAUAAAAAGCAGUCAGGACGAGGAAGCUGGAACAUCUAGCUCUUCUUCUGGCGGUCAGCACCAGCAAACUGGUACUUCUUCUACCAGCUCGUCGUCAUCAUCGAGCAGAAACGAGCAGCGGGGCGGCUCUUCUAGCUCCACAGCGGGUAGUACUAGCACUAGCAGCAUAAACUACCUGCACAACAUACGCGGUGGCAAGUCAGGUGUGGACGAUCCAUUUCAUCCGUAUAGGAUCAAGGCGACGGCGCAGUAGUAAGGUUCAGAUAUUUGGUUUCGUGGUCGGUUGUGGCCGUCGAAGUGAAGAGGAAAAGUUAAAGUUUGUGAUGCGCGAUAAUUUAAGAUUUUGAAAAUGAUUUGCAUGGUUGCAUAUCGUGAAGAAGGCGGAUCAUGCUAGUACACCAACCGAAAAUGAUCGUGGCUUGCAAGACCAACUCCAGUAAGCAGACUCUUUCUCUUCGACGACGCAGUCGCAACCACUUUGGUUUUUUCGUAGCAUAAGCCCACACUCGUCAACUUGAAGGACGUAGCGGACUAUGGUGGCGGGCAAGGAUGCAGCUCAGGUGCAAUUCAUUGAUGAAAUAGGAACUUGUGCUGCAACAGAAGGUAGAUGUUGCAACUGAUCAGUAUCUUCAGGAAAAUCUGUGAAGAUGCGCGCAUCGUACUAUCAGCAAUUUUUCACAACCAACUCGCUACCUCCAGGCGCUCCAAAAUGGCUCGUUGUGGAGUAUCACGACGCUGCUGGAAAUAUAACAUUUCACCGGAAAAUAAUCCGCUACAAGCUCUACGAGAGGAAAGCAAAGUACGUGGACACGGUGGCGGCGGAGUUUGGCUUUCCCGAUCCAAAGAAGUAUUGGUUGAUUUUUGUUGAUAUGUAUAGGCUUUUCGCAUGAGAAAUUUUUUGUGCUAGCGUGGUGCUCGCAUGACAAGUUCAAGUAAUCAUUGACGACCUAUCAGCUCCGAACUUUUCGUCGUAUACACGGAUGCGAGAAAGACGGCCUACCGAGUGGUAUGAACUGCAAAAGUAUCGUAUUCGUACUCGUAUAAAUGCAUUACAAGUUUCCUCAGCAUGACAAACAAAAUUUAUAAUCUUGAUUUACCUUUGAAAGAAAAGUUGUAAUGCAUCACUGCAAUACGAGUGUGUGCGAUACUUUUGCACAGGAUAGGUAGAGGAAGGCGACGACAUGCUGCAGCCACGGGAGGUAUGGAUUGUAAAAAUGUCUGGGUCUGGAAGAAUGCAACUUGUGAUGCUAUUUUUGGAAUCUAAGAAAAUCUGUAUUGCAUGAGCAGAAAGAGGCGUCCAGUUUUUGCUCCGCGGAGAGGGCAUUUUUCAUGCGGGAUAGGCAUCACGAUACCCGCAAAAAAUCUGUCAUGCUAGGUCAUGCAUUACAGGCAUCAUAGCCCAUGCGAAAUAUGCAUGACAAACCUGCAAAUCUUCCAGACCCAGACAUUUUUACAGUUGAUAGGAGGAAAGGGAAUACGAUCUCGAUUGGACCGAUUGCUACUUCAUCUACAAGCCGAAGGUAUAGUAGAUACUUUACGUCUAGAAGUAAGAGCAACAGCUCUGUUGCGUUUUCGCAUGACAAACUUUCGUAUUCUUUUGAUCCAGUUGGUCUUGGUUUCAGUUGUUGGAUCUGCAUGACAAACCAACCCCUCACCUACUUUCAGUCCGUCAACCUGCGCGACAACGCUGGUGCCAUCGUGGACAUCCCGGAGGAGAACGCUAUGGAAAGUGACGGAAAAUUUUGAUCGCAUGUAAUUGACCGGCUAUUUGUCAUGCGUGCCUAUGGAUGGGAUGAAGGAUCUGUCAUGCGUACAUAUGCAUAAUAUGCAAAUCGCUGUGAGUGUGACACGAAUUCAAAACUUUAUACCGUAAAUUUCCUUUCCAUACCCCGCCAAGUCUUCUUCCUGUGGAAGCUCCCUGACCUGCUGCAUCUGGCAGCGAACAAUGCUGCAGCGAGAUCAUCUUCCAGCAGAACCUCUUCCGGACGAGUUGCAGAAAAUGAGAAGCAAACAGCAAAAGGUGGAACAGCGUCCAGUGCGAAAACCAAAACCGGUGUCCUCCUUCCCUCCUCGUCCGGAGGAUAUCCACAGUAAAUUUUCCGUACAGGUAAAAAUGCUGUUUCUGCAUGACAAGCAUGCCUUCCAUCUUUAGUCAGCAUGACAAGUCUAACACUCCAAGCUAGCGAAAUUUGUCAUGCAUUUUGUACAUCUUGUACGGGAAAUUUGUAUUGCAUACAGGACCAGGAACCCACACGAUAAAUGGCGACGGCACAGGCACAGCGCAUGAUCAGCAGAGGCCAUCGAAAUCGGGCCGCAAAUCUAGUAUCCAGCACCGGCACUCUUCUGCAGCGGAGAUCAUAGACGACGGGAAUAGCAGCUCCGCCUGCCCCAGCCCGGAUGAGACCCACGCGUCGGACAAGUCCUCUGGGAGCAAUUCCGCGGUCUCUAGCGCGGCAAGUACACCAGUAGAGGAGGAACAAACAAAAGAGAACAAGUUGCAGAACAGCAACAGCCGCGAAGAAACGGACGAUGAGUCCGUGGUGUUGUACCAGGGAAAAAAUGUGGGGAAGAUAAAGAGCAAAUAG